UAUAUCAAACGUACCUUCUUGUCCUUCACUACCUAAGUGAUCCCAUUGAAACUCAGAUAAAAGUAACGAUGCACACCACUUUACGGUUUCCUGCAGUAACAAUAUGCAACAUUAAUCCAGUGAGAAGAUCACGAUGGGAAAAAAGACAGACAAAAAGUGAAAGCGUAUCCCCAAACUUGACAUCUUUCAUGCAAGUGCCGCAAAAACUCUAUCGUUCAGCCGGUGGUACUAAUUUUGGAAAUUCAUUGAAGCGGAAAAAAAGAUCACUUGCAAAUCAAGACCAGAUCGAUAAGCUAAGGCAAGAAUUAAAUGAAAGGAUUGAUACACUUGAAAAAACUUUAAGCAAACAUAUAAAUGAUACGUCCCUUCAAAAAAAGGAAGCUGGCUUUGAACUGUCAGAAUCAGAAGAAUUCGUCGCUCAUGUAAACAGAAGCAAUACAACCAAUAAAGAAAUGGAAAAGCGACUAAACGAUUUUGAAAAACGACUAAAAAUCACAGAGCUGACAACUAUUGACAUAACAAAGCAAAUAUCCGAGACACGUGGCUACUUGAAUCAAUUAAAAGCAAAUAUUAGUCAAGCAGAGAAAGAACCAAAGAAAAAUAAUACGGCUGGUGAUAUGCAAAAGGAUGGCAUAAAAAUUACCACCAAGCAAAGAUUUACAGGCGUUUCAAAAUUAUCUCAAGGAUAUCGGUGA